CAAAAGUCUGAUCAAAAUGGUUUGUCUACCUUGCAUUGUUAUCCCAUUUUUAUUGUGGGUGUUCCACAAAUUCAUUCGCCCAUGGCUGUCAAGGAUAUGGAGUAAACCAGAAGAAAUUGCAAGGAGUGUGGAAAAUAAUCUCACUUGUCCACUACCACGAAAGAAGAAAAAUAAGGAAACUACACAGCUGAGUGAUGAAAUCAAUAAUAGAAUUAAUUGUGAGGCAUCGAAUGAACAUAGCAGUUUAGGUGAAAGACUAAAAGCAGAUUAA